AUGGUCCUCGCUAUCCGACCGCUCGUGUCGGCGCCCUUGGCCUUCGGCGGGUUCUUCUCUCGUCGGGCCUACGCUUUGACGGCUGCCGCCCCUCCAGCCGGUCCCCAUGACCCAGACUUCGUCGCCAAGAUGUGUUACACGGCGGCAUUCAUCUACGCCUGCUUCUUUGCGUUCUGCGGCUUGCAAGUGAGUCUUCCGUCUCCCACAGAAGUAGCCUCCGAAUGGUUUAUUGUUUUGGCAGAAGGCCCCAGCUUUAACGGCAUGCUCAUCUGUGCCGCACCGCUUGCUGUUACCGUUCGCCGCUCGAAGAUCUCGUCAUCAUGUCCGUCUGGUUCGACCCGUGCUAACGUCAGCUCACCGUUCAUCAACGCUACCCCCGAGGAGUUCAGCUGUAGAAUAUAG